CUUCCUGGGACUUCCCACUGUUUUUGAGCACAAAUCAGACUCGAGCAAAAACAACUCUUUCCAUGGGAUCAGCUAUAAGAAGAAUGGCCGUACAAAGAGCAGCUUAGUUUCUUGGAAGGCUGGUGGACAUUUCUGGAAAAAGCACAGCUGACUUACUUGUCCCUAUAUGGUCAUUUGCUGUUUCCUCCGGACCAAAGGAGCAGAUUGGUUCGCGAAGGAUGCUGUCAGAAGGGUAUCUCAGCGGACUUGCCUACCAGAAGGACAUCCACUGGAGCUGUUCAUCUUAUAAUGAGCAGGUGGCCGAGGAGGAAGAAGAGACAAAAUCUGCCACUCAUUCCUACUGCUCUGUGGAUGAGACUCAAGUCCGAAGUCUGUACGUGAGCUGCAAAUCCUCAGACAAGUUUAUGUCUUCAGUGCACGCGCGAGAGAGCCAACACAGUGGAAAGCAGAGAACCGUAAUGCUGCAGACAAACCCCAAUCCUGUGUUUGAAAGCCCCAGCUUGGCUGCAGUGGAAAUAUGUAGAGACUCGAGCAGAGAGACCUACUUGGUUCCACCUUCCUGUAAGAGUAUUUGCAAGAAUUACAAUGACUUACAUAUUGCAGGUGACCAGGUGAUGGCUAUUAACUCAGUGACGACGGAUUUCCCCCCUGCGAGCAGUUUUGACUAUGGCCCUUUGCUGAAAUCAUCUGAGAUUCCUUUGCCCAUGGAGGAUUCCAUUCCCACUCAGCCCAGCGACUUUCCCCAGAAACCUAUCCAGCGGUAUUCGUCGUACUGGAGAAUAACCAGCGUCAAAGAGAAAAGCAGCCUGCAAAUGCAGAAGCCAGUUUCUAACGCAGUGCUGAACGAAUACUUGGAGCGGAAGCUGGUAGAAUUAUACAAGCAGUACAUUAUGGACAUUGAGUUUCAUGACAGUUCUCCCACCCAGAUUCUGGCGUCUGAACUCAUCAUGACAAGUGUGGACCAAAUUAGUCUCCAAGUGUCCAGAGAGAAGAAUCUGGAGACCUCCAAAGCCAAGGACAUAGUCAUCAACUGCCUAUUACAGCUGGUAUCGGGUGAAAUUAGCACACCUAGUCUCCGUAUUUCUCAGUACAGCAACGUCAAUCCAUAGAGAGAAGGCUGGCGGCCCUCCUUCUCGACUCCUCCAAAUGAGAGCAACACUUCCUUCCUUUAUUCUGAGAAUGUGCAGGAGGUGGGGGUGAAGGGGAGUCCAGAGCUAAAAAAAAAAAAAAAGCAAGGUUGGACAGAGGUCAAGUGUGAAUUCAAAGAGCAUCCAGAAAGACUCAUUGCAAAGCGAAGG